AUGAAAGUUCUGUCGGCUACAUUGAUUUCCCUCAGUGCUGGAAUCCAAAGACCUGUGAAAAACAAGAAGAAACAUGACCCUUAUCGAAAACUUCUCGGGCAGGAUAGAAUAGAGAAUAUAGGUCUCGUUGGAUGGAUGCAAUUUUACAAUCCGAGUUUUACGCCAGAAAAAUACUGGAACUAUGGUUGCAAUUGCUUUAUUCAAGGAUCGGAUGACGGUGUGAUCGUCAAGCGUGGAAAGGGAACUCCUGUUGAUGAUCUUGACAACGCCUGUAAGUUGUACAGAGACUGCCUCAAGUGUGCUCGAGAAAUUCACGGUGAAUCCUGCAUCGAUGAUAUCAAAAACUACAAUGUGAAUAUUGACAGAAAAAAGUGUCGCGAUCGACCUGGAACUUGCGUUCGAGCAGUUUGCGAGUGCGAUGCGAUGUUUGCCGCAAAGCAUGCCGAUAGUCUUCAUCAGUUCAAUGAUUUUUUCAAUAUUUCUUCCUCAACUUCUGGAUGGGAUCCAAAAACAGAUUGUGCUUUCGGAAAAAAACGUGGUCAGAUGAUACCCAAGUGCUGCAAUUCCCGAGCUGGCCCCGCAAGUAUCUAUAAUGAACGGACGAAGGAAUGCUGCAGCAAUGGACUGGUAAAACCGAUCGGACAAUGCCCAAUUGAAGUCGCGAAACUAGUACCCUAUCGAUGGGGCUCUCUAGAUUCGGACUCGUACGACUAUUAUCCACCUUACUGA